AUGGGGUGGGUCUGGAAGAACGACGAUGAUGAUACCUCCGGAGCUGAGUUCGGCCAUUCUUCGAACCCUAGCGGCGACGGCGGCCGAUUCUCCACCCGGAAGGUCGUGCGAUCCCAGUGCCGAACGGAGGAAGUGGAGCCUGGGAAAUUCAUCCGCAAGUGCGAGAAAACUGAGGAGCUCUUCAAAGACUGCGUUGGAAGGCCCACAGAGAUAGUACAGUCUAACAAAGAAUACACCGAGGAAGAUGUCACUGACCAAAUGGUUAAAGGUGCAUUUUCGUUGGGGUCGGCUGAACGCGAACCCUUUAACUUUCCUGGUUUGCGUAGUGAUAUUGAAUCCAUUGAACGUAGUUUAUUUGGUGGCAUUGACCAUUUUCUCCGAGCGGCUGAAGACAUGAAGAACGAGUUUUUCAAUGCUAUCCGGGUCCCACACAUGUUUGAUGACAAGGCUCCAUCCACUCACAACGAGCGUGGGAUUCCAAUCGAGGGUGGUCCUCCGAGAGAAGCUUUUCCUGAGAAAAUUUCUGAUGGAGAUGAUGAUUUUUCUGGACUGGCCACGGAUGUUUGA